CUGUGUCUCGGGGGUCUUGACGCCUUGCUCUUCUACAAACCCACAAUGGAGUUCGCCGAACUGAUUAAAACGCCGCGAGUGGAUGGCGUGGUUCUCCAUCGUCCCUUCAUGCCCACUGUGGAGGGCACGUUGUGCCUGACGGGACAUCACCUCAUCCUGUCUUCCCGACAGGACAACACGGAAGAACUGUGGCUGCUUCACGCCAACAUCGACUCCAUCGAGAAGAGGUUCGUCGGAUCUCUCGGAACCAUAGUGGUGAAAUGUAAGGACCUGAGGAUCAUCCAGCUGGACAUCCCCGGGAUGGAGGAGUGUCUCAACAUCGCCAGCUCCAUCGAGGCGCUGUCCACCCUGGACUCUGUCUCCCUGAUGUACCCCUUCUUCUACCGGCCCAUGUUUGACAUCAGUGAGGACGGAUGGCAUUUGUUCCAGCCGGAAGAGGCGUUCAAAGAUCUGGAAUCUAUGACAGAUGAAUGGAGACUGAGUACAGUCAACAAAGACUUCAAUGUGUGCCCGUCUUACCCGCCGCUGGUGGCAGUGCCCAAAGACAUAGACGACGACGCCCUCUGCAAAGCCGCUGCCUUCCGCCAGGGUGGCCGAUUCCCUGUGCUCAGCUACUAUCACAAGAAGAAUGGCAUGGUGAUGAUGCGGGCAGGACAGCCCCUGACUGGCACGAACGGCCGUCGCUGCAAAGAAGACGAGAAACUCAUCAAUGCCACGCUCAGGGCUGGCAAACGUGGGUAUAUCAUCGACACGCGCACUAUCGCUGUCGCCCAGCAGGCCAAGGCCCGCGGGGGCGGGUUUGAACAGGAAGCCAACUACCCGCAGUGGAGGAGGAUCCACAAAGCCAUUGAGAGGUCCAGUAUUCUGCAGGAGAGCCUGAUUAAACUGGUGGAGGCAUGUAAUGACCAGUCCCACAGUAUGGAUCGCUGGCUCAGCAAACUGGAGGCGUCCAAUUGGCAGAGCCACGUCAAAGAGAUCCUCACCACAGCCUGUCUGGCCGCCCAGUGCAUCGACAGGGAGGGUGCGUCGGUACUGGUCCAUGGGACGGAGGGAACAGACUCCACCCUGCAGGUCACCUCCCUGGCCCAGAUCAUCCUGGACCCAGCCUGCAGAACCAUCCGGGGCUUCCAGGCCCUGGUGGAGAGGGAAUGGUUGCAGGCGGGUCAUCCGUUCCAGCAGCGCUGUGCCCAGUCCGCCUACUCGAACGGGAAGCUGCGCGGUGAGGCGCCCGUGUUCCUGCUCUUCCUGGACUGCACCUGGCAGAUCCUGCGGCAGUUUCCCUGCUCCUUCGAGUUUAACGAGAACUUCCUGGUGAUGCUGUUCGAACACGCCUACGCCUCCCAGUUCGGAACCUUUCUGGGUCACAGCACCGCUGAGAGGAUGAAGCUGAAGCUAGCGCAGAAGACCGUGUCUCUGUGGUCCUGGGUGAACAGGCCUCAGGAGCUGCCGCGCUUCCUCAACCCCCUCUACGAGCCCAACAGCCUGGUCAUCUGGCCCUCAGUGGCCCCCCAGAGCCUGCUGCUGUGGGAAGGAAUAUUCCUCCGCUGGAACCGCUCGACAAAGUGUCUGGACGAAGCUUACGAAGAGAUGGUCCACAUCAUCGAGUACAACAAGGAGCUCCAGAACAAAGUAAACAGCCUGAGGAGACAGCUCGCCCAGCUGGAGACAGAGGACACUCCUCUACAGACGCCCUGAACCAGAGGA